GGAAGUUAGGGGUUAACCUGUGGAAUUUGAAAAUACUUUGUUGAUCGCAUUCACAUUUUCUCCCACUGGGCUGGGACCUUCAAAGUGGUCCAUUUGGAAACUUUUCUUAGAACAGGCUGGCAGAUCUGUAGGAGGCUAAAAAUCUUUAUAAGUUGCAAUGCACAAAAUAUCUGUUUUGGUCCUCCUGAGUAUUGCACAUUCUCUAAACAGUGUAACCAAAGGAAACUAUGCAUCAAGCAAGAAAGAAAUGCCAGGUGCCCACUUGCAUUAUUCCAGCGAGGAAAUCCGUGUGCUCUCUCAGGGUGUCCUGAAGCUUGGAGCUGCAUUAAAGGAGCAGGUUGACCAUACUAAAGAGAAAAUUACCUACAUCUGUCAAAAGCUCAACAUUUUUAACAGCUCCCUGAUAGAAUUACUGGAGCAGGUCAGCCUAAAUAAGAGGCUGAGAAAUGGUCUUAUGGAAAAAACUCAGCAACUUGAAACUAGGAACCAAGUUCUGGGCAGGCUCUUCGCAGAGCUCCAGAACCAGCUUGGUGAAGUGAUGCACUACAGAAUGACUUUCAACACCAAGCUGGAAUUUUUAGAGGAGAAGAUAGAGAAUGCCCUAAAUUACAAGACUAACACCAGUACUUCAGUGAGUAUGACUGACAUUAUGUCUUUUGUGCAAACUCAAAGCGUAAGAAUUGAUGAGUUGCUUACUGAAGUGGCGCUGCAGGAAGACCAAAUUAGUAUACAAGAUGCCCUCAUUCAAAAGUUACUGAAAAAGGUUAGGCCAAAAAGCAAACUAGCCAGACAGCUGAAGACCAAUGGAAUCAGGAAGAAAAUAGCAGAUUCUUCUGAGAUGCAGAACACAACAUUAUCAGUACAUGAGAAUAUAUGAAAGACAAUCACAGGAUUAAAAUAUUUUACCAGUGAUCUAUGCAGUGUAAAUGCAGAAAUGCUAUUAGGAUUUCUAUCUUGAUUUAGAAGGCUAACAUGCAAGAAAGCUAGGGGCUGUCUUGUUCAAUAGUUUUUAUCUUUUAACAAACUGCAUGGCCAAGGUGCUGAAAAGUUUUGCAAAAAUAUUGUUAUUGUAGCGUGAAUAUGACAGUUACCUACUAGCUUGCUCCUAACAGAAAUGUUGUAGAUCUGUAAACACUAGUUACAAAGCAAAUAUUUUAAGGUAUUGAAAAAAAUUAGUGUAUCUGAUUUAAAAAAAAUGUUUUUAGACAUUUCUUAGAACUAUGGUUUAUCAUGAAGAUUAUGGAAAUCCAUGUUUUAUUCAGUUUCUCAGCUCACUGACUUGACUGCACAGUAAUCAUCAUGCCAUAUGGUAUAUAUUUCACCAAUCGUAUAUUACAUAACUAAUGCAAUUUGUUAUGGCACGUUGGGUGUAAUGCAUCAGUUGAAAGCACUGUGAUACACAAGCUACAUGCAGGAGAAAUGCUUGUGCCACUACACUAGAGUGACCAGAUGUCCCGAUUUUAAAGUGUCCUGAUUUUUGGGGUCUUCUUCUUAUAUUGGCUCCUAUUACCCCCCACCCCUGUCCUGAUUUUUCACAUUUGCUGUCUGGUCACCCUACACUAGACUGCUGUUUGCUAGACUUUCAUUUUUUCAUGGUUUAUGUUAUGCUAAGUAACAUGUAACAGAAUUCAUUAUUUUUUUAUUUUAGUGCACACACACACAAAGCACAGUAACUUCAGGAAACCUUACAAGCAGGUGUGUGUGCGCGCAAACACACACAGUCACAUACACACACUGAGCACAAGUGGGGACUGGCUGGAACUACUCCUGGAUAGUAAAAACAAGAAGUGGGAUAUUGUGUCAUAUCCCCUCUGCCAAUAGCAGUGGCUUAAGCACUGCUCUUUCCUGAGAUCUAUAAAGAAGCAGGGAGGUAGCAAGACAGACAUAAAUGGGGCCUCUGAUGGCAGGAACUCUGAGGGUAAUACAUGAGCAGGGACCCACAUUUUUAAACAAAGAGAAAUGAAGUUGGGCAAUUUAAACCCCUCGGAAAGAGAAAUAAACCAAUGCAGUGCUAGAAUCCCCAGCACUGGUACACAAAAAAAGGAAUGGGAAGGGAGCAAUCUCUAUGCCAGAGAGCAACUGUGAAACUGUUAGCAUGGUGGGAUGCCCUGCCCCAAGAGUAUGACACAAGUUAGGGCAGCUGUGCUCAUAAAGCCCCCUCCCAUCCCCCGACCUCUCCGAGUAUACUAACAAUGCAUGUAGUGUCUGAGAGAAAUCCCUCUAAUACAGGAACUUGGAGUGUGGGCCAGAGCACAGAAAAGUUCACCCAGAGCCACAUAUCAGCAAAAGCUAUUGCAUUACCAACCUAAAAUGUGAGCAAAACAAUGGAAGCUGUGAAGGCAGGGCCGGCUCCAGGCACCAGCUGAGCAAGCUAG